AUGACGGAGGAACCACAACUAGGCUCCAUCCAGGAGCGGAUUGCGGCCUUGAAACUGUCCCAAACUGCCAACUCGUCAGGCCCUGAACCACCUCUUAUCCGCCCCGCCGCACCACGAAGCAAAUCAGCCAACAACCCACCGUCUUAUAAUGUUACUGGCUCUGUACUGGAUGCAGCUGUGAGCGGAAAUGAGCCUGCUCCGCGGCUGCAAAAACAAAAACCACCUCCAGUACCAACCUCGAAGCCAGAGCUGAAACCCAAACCCAAAGUCCCUCCCCCUUUGCCGACACGGAGAUCGGAACGCUCACAGCCUCCUCCUCCUCCAUCGCGCUCUGCUGCGCUUGAAGCUCUUGAAGCUCCUGAAGUUCGACCGACACUACCACCACGUAGACCUACGGAUCCACCGCGAAGACCGUCCGUCGAAUCAGUCACAUCCAAUCUAUCACAUUCGACGAUCGCCACAACAGCCACCCGAGGAGCAUCAACAACUUCUGUUAACUCACAUGGUAGCAAUCGUAUAAAGGCCCCUGCCUGGGGCGAGACAGACUUGCCUGUGCUCCCACCGAAACGUAUUAGAGAGGAGCUGCCAGAGGAGAUACCACCACCGCUCCCCGAGUCUAAAUCAUCAACGUUUGGCGGGCUGAGUGCGAAGAUAUCGGGAUUGCGGGGUAGAGGGACUUCGCCCGCGCCUUCAUCCUCAUCAUCACGCUCUGGUCUGAGCCUAACCAACUUUUCUUCGAGACCUGAUACGUCUUCAUCUCCUGUACCACCCCGGUUGCCCUCACGCCGGCCUUCUGGGGUAGAAGCGGUGGAAGAAGAAGAAGAAGAAGCCCCUCCUCCUCUGCCCACCCGACCCUCCAGGCAAGAGACACCGUCUUAUGAAGUAGAAAAAAUACCACCAAGUCUGCCAUCCCGGCGACUACCCCCACUUGUGAAUGCUACCGAUAUUAAUAAUUUACGUCAGUCUGGGUUUGGUGGGCUGAAUGCGAACCCUAGUCUACCUGUUAGGCCGAGAAGCACACCAAAUGGAGGUCCGCCACCAAUUCCACAUGGAUCCCGUCCAGACCUGUCAAAAUUGCAAUCAACUAAGCCCAGAUUUAAUCCGCCAGCCACAGCCACUACCGAAUGUAUGGUUUGUAGGGACUUCAGCGGCCCAGACAACCAUGCAGCGCAAUAUCCACGCGAAACACUACCAACUCAAGACUUGCGAUGGCUAGCCAACGAGCUUACCGCUCCAUUCUCAUCAAUGACAGAUAAAGCACGAGCGAUAUUCACUUGGCUUCAUCAUAAUAUUGCCUACGACGCAUAUGCCUUCUUCAACAAUUGCGUUAAAGGAUCCACGCCAGCAAGUACUCUCUCCACCGGCUUAGCAGUAUGCGAAGGAUACGCCGCGCUAUUCACUACGCUAGCCACCCACGCCGGACUGGAAGCAGUCCUAGUAAGCGGCCAUGGCAAAGGAUACGGUUACACACCUCUAGCACCAGGUGAAUCCCCACCACCAUUCAGCACCGGACACGCCUGGAACGCAGUUCGCAUCGACGGCGGGAAAUGGAAGCUGAUCGACACCUGCUGGGGCGCGGGAUCUGUCGACGGGGCGUCCAUGUUCACAAUGUCGAACGAGGAAUUCGGGCUAAAACAUUUCCCCUCCAACCGAGAUUAUUUCUUCCUUGAAGACCUCUCACCCCCAUCGUGGGAAGAAUACAUCACUACAAACCCGGACAUGCCAACCGGUCUACACCCAAUCAAAGGGUUCAGUGACCUUGACAAACACGACAUAGGUCGCCGCACCAUGCAACCAGCCAAUGGUCACCUCUCUAUAAGCAGCACGCCGAGCCCGGUGCGCUUCCAGUUCGGACUGAAAUGCGAGCACUGGACUCUUGCCCGACACAGUCGCCAGAAGCCAGGUCUAUUCCUACUGAUGAUAAAGGGUGUCGAUGGACGAAAGGACGAACGCCUUCCUUUCAGACAUGUACCCGGCUCUGGUCCCGGAGGCGGCGGCGAGAUAUGGUAUGUUGACGUGCCUGAUGCGCGUAUGCUCGGUGCACCAGGCCAGAAGCUACUAAUUGCCGUAUUAUCUACGUUUGGCGAUCGACAUGACUGCCGUGGCCUUACUAUCGAGGAGUACGAGGCUCAAGUUGGUAGAGUCGGUAUGUCAUAUGCAUAUGUCGCCGAGUGGGAGUUGGUUAGGUAG